GCUCUCCGCCCUGCCCCCGCCGUGGGGAGGUAGCGGGACCUGCUCCCAGCGUUCCCGUGUGAUCCACGGCCCCUUCUGAAGGGGAGAGGGAGCCGGUGUGGGGGGUCUGCCCUCAGCAGGGAGCUUUUUGCAGAGAGAAGAAAGAUGGAAAGUAAUGCAGUUUUACUAGAAUCCAAGUCCUCUCCUAUCAACCUUCUGAAUGAAAUGCAUCAACUGCGUCUCCUGGGCCACCUCUGUGACGUGACUGUCAGCGUGGAGUACCAAGGUGUCAGGGCAGAGUUUGUGGCUCACAAGGCUGUAUUGGCAGCAACAAGCAAAUUUUUCAAGGAGGUGUUCCUUAAUGAGAAGGGCAUGGAUGGCCCAAGGACCAACGUGUUCUUGAAUGAGGUCCAGGUUGCUGAUUUUGCUUCAUUUCUUGAGUUUGUCUAUACUGCUAAGGUAGAAGUGGAAGAAGACAGAGUGCAGCGUAUGCUAGAAAUAGCCGAAAAGCUGAAGUGCUUGGACCUCUCGGAAACUUGCUUUCAGUUAAAGAAGCAGAUGCUUGAAUCGGUGCUGUUGGAGUUGCAAAACUUCUCAGAAUCACAGAAUUCUGAGGAAGAGAGCACUACCCAGCCAAGCAUUUUGCUCGAGUCCAAAGCAGCUGCUGUGGCAGAAGCUGACCAGGCAGACUGUCUUCUGGAUCCUCCAGAUUCCCCAGUAGACAGGUCCAGCAAUGGAAUGUCUCCUGAGAUGCCGGCUACCAAGUCAAAAGAGAAAAUGGACAAAAAGAAGGAAAUGAUGAAGCCUCCUUAUGCCAAAAUCAGAAGGGCAAGUGGGAGACUGGCUGGGAGGAAAGUAUUUGUGGAAAUCCCGAAGAAGAAGUACACAAGGCGGCUGAGAGAGCAGCAGAAGAAUGCAGAGGUUGCUGUUGAAGAAAACAAACAUCCUGAAGACCAGGAUAUGUGUGAUAUGGAGACGGAGGAGGAGCAAGCAGAGAAGAGCAUCAAACCUGAGAGCGAAGAAUGUGAUGGCAACUUUGAAUUGGAAGAAAACCUGAAAAAAUCCGAAGAGGAUAAAAAGAAACGAGGCAGUAACUUCAAGUGCAGCACAUGCGAGAAGGAAUUUCUGUAUGAGAAAAGUUUUCUCAAGCACAUAAAGCACAGCCACGGCAUUGCAGCUGAAAUUGUUUAUCGGUGUGAAACCUGCAGUCAGACCUUUGCCAACCGGUGCAACCUAAAAAGCCAUCAGCGCCACGUCCACAGCAGCGAGCGCCACUUCCCUUGUGAGCUCUGCGGUAAGAAGUUCAAGAGGAAGAAGGACGUCAAGAGGCACAUUCUCCAGGUUCAUGAGGGUGGUGGGGAGCGUCAUCAGUGCCAACAGUGUGGAAAGGGGUUGAGCUCCAAAACUGCCUUGAGGCUCCAUGAAAGGACGCAUACAGGCGACAAGCCUUAUGGGUGCACAGAGUGUGAGGCUAAAUUUUCUCAGCCUUCUGCACUUAAAACACACAUGAGAAUCCAUACUGGUGAAAAACCUUUUGUCUGUGAUGAAUGUGGUGCCAGGUUCACUCAGAAUCACAUGCUUAUAUAUCACAAACGAUGUCACACAGGGGAAAGGCCUUUUAUGUGCGAAACAUGCGGGAAGAGCUUUGCCUCUAAGGAGUACUUGAAACACCAUAACAGAAUCCAUACUGGAUCCAAACCAUUCAAAUGUGAAGUUUGCUUCAGAACGUUUGCACAGAGGAACUCGCUUUACCAGCAUAUAAAAGUUCACACAGGUGAACGACCCUAUUGCUGUGACCAGUGUGGUAAGCAGUUCACACAGCUGAACGCGCUGCAGCGUCACCAUCGAAUACACACUGGGGAGAAGCCGUUCAUGUGCAAUGCCUGUGGGCGAACUUUCACUGACAAGUCCACCCUCCGACGGCACACUUCAAUACAUGAUAAAAACACACCCUGGAAGUCCUUCCUUGUCAUUGUUGAAGGAGCGUCUAAGAAUGAUGAAGGUCACAAAACAGAGCUUCCUGACGAAGAAUAUGAUGUGUCACCUAAACUACCAGAGAAGCUGCUGUCUUUCUCUGAAAACAGCCACUAUCAAAACUUGACUGCUGUCCCAGGGAGUGUGACUGCACUGCAUGACAACGGUUCUGCCACAGGAACAGACUGUAAGUCAGAUGGGACUCCGGGACCCCAGGAAGCCCUUAUAGCUACCACUUUAAGUGAGCUGACAGUGCUGCAUACACAGACAGACUCUAUUCAGCCACAGCUUCAUGCUCUGGUGAAUAUGGAAUAAUUUGGUAUUUGCAAAUCCAGUUUAAGCUGCACCCUUUGUAUAGUCCUUUGACUUUGCCAAUAACCUACUGAGGGAACUAGGGGAAGCUAUGACAAGGAAGCAGGGCUAGAUGUGAAACACAUGCACUGGGUUUCCAGAAUUUCCUCCAAAAAGUCAUGACCCACCUCCAAUGCAUACCGCUCCAUCUCCUGAAGGUAGCGCAGAGUAACACCACACCAGGGUGGUGGUAGAGGAGGCAGAGGUCCCAGGAAGUUUAUUCCCUACAAAUAAAAGGGUGUAGUUCAGCUUGUUUGCUCUAGCUGGCCUGCAGUGAAAGUAAGUACCUACAUUCAGAUAGGUUAUAAAGAAAGUGUGAGUUUGAUUUCCAGUUGAUUUGAUGACACUUGUACAAUCAAGAGAAAUGAUGUUGUGUUUCUCAGCCUAGUAGCUUAGUGAAAUUAAUUGCAUUUUUCCUAGUGGAAAUUCAUACAUAAAAUAAGUUUUACUAAAUUGCUUUUCAGGAAAUGUUGGUUUAUCUCUGCUUUUGCCAAAGAUCCAAGCAGUGAGCCAGCUCACUCCUUGGGAAUAUGAGUGGGAGCAAGCUUUGGAAAGAUCUGGUUUCAUUCCAGGAGUUUGGAUUCUCUAGUAGCAAAAUGGGCAAGUGGGAGCCAAGUGCUGCAUCUGUACAGGUGUGGUGGCAUUAUUCUUGCAUUUCAGUGGAACCUGGUGCAGUUUGACACUUGCAUUCAGUCAGUCUUCAUCUUCUAACCACUCCAGCUUACAUAGAACUUGGCACUUAAGAGACCAAAACAUCUCUUGUAAAAGCAUCUAUGAAAAGUAGUAUUAUUUCAGCUAUGCUGGAAAAGCUAGUGUAAAGAGACAGCUUACUGGCAUUUUCCUGUUAACUUGCAUCUAAGCCAUUUUCUGCUGGUUCAGAUAGAUAGGUCAGCAAUGCUCUUUUCUCCACAAUCACUUAAACACUGCUGUUGCUCAGAACAGCAGACCUACUUUUAAAUUAAGUAAUACUCCAGUGGGAAAAGUUAACGACUGUUCUACUGUCGAGUUGCUACAGCUAAUUCCACCAGUGCAAUAGUCUCCAGAGGUAAAUUCAGUUACAAACGGGAGGCAGUCAGGGUUCUUAUGACUAAUGGCAUAAAAAGAUGCAAAUAAGUGAAAAAUGUACUGGACUAUUCAAGGGGUUUAGGCCUUUAUUUCCCAGAUUGUGAAUACUUUGUAAGACUGAUGUUGGAAUCUGAAUGGCAGUUUUAGGCUACUGUCUGUUUAACUGUCCCUCCCCAGUGAGGUGUUCAGAGGCAGGCCUUAGGAACAUAAGUGAUGAAUAAACUUAAAAGUUCAAAGGCUUACUAGCAUCUGCUGCUAAAUUUUAGUAAAUAACCCUGACAAUGUGCCUUUUUUUGCUUGUUUUAAAUAAGGAAAUGUGACAAAGUGAGCACAGGGACUAAGGGUCCCAAUAUGACUUCUGUUCAGCCCACGCUCCAAAACCGCAAUUUCACACAGCCUCCUCCAAUGCUGGCUGGGUUUGGAUCCCAGUGCCACCAAUCAUGAGAAUCAUGCUUCUUCUGUUUGGGCAUUUCUUACCAAGACAGACAGAUCUUCCCUUAAUAUCUCCCCCCUUUCCCCAGGGAGUAUGCCUCCUUGUUCUCCUCAGUUGCACCCAGUAGCUGGGAAAGCUGUUGCAUGGGGAAACCUGAGAGUUUCUGUCCAGGGUAAGCAUUUCCUGUGUUUCCUUUGCCAAGACCAAAGCUGGGCUGGAACGAGGAAGUUACUUUGGUUGCCUUCAGCUUAACCUCACUGGAGUACCCAGGAGGAUUUGGGGUAUUUUCCCUGUGGAGGGAAGGAACCUUUGAAAUAGUUGGCACUGGCAAAGAAAUGCCUGACUGGGAUGACUCUUGGUUUUGGGAGCAGCAGUGAAUGAAUCAAUCAACAGCAGCUUGCUGGUAUGGUUAACGCUUCAAACUCAGGACCGAGAUUCCCAGUGCCACCAUGUGAAAAUCUAGAGCUUUUCAAAUUCAUUUUUCUGUUUCUCCUUAUUUUACUAUAAAUGUAGUAUUUCCACAGAAACUUUCUCAGCUGAAACUGUGAGAAAAACUUUCUGAAAGAUUGCAUUAAUGUAAAGGUAAGCACAAUCAAGCCUUGUUAGGGCCCGUUCUAAGGCUUAGGGGUUGGCAAAGCAAUAAAGAUAUACCCAAACUGUGGCACAGAGCUAUUUUUGAACCUUAAAGGGAUGUCUGUUGUGUUACCAUGGAAACAUAACUUAAUCUAUAGAAAGGGAAUUUUUUUUAAAAGAGAACACUUCCAAGAGCUUAUAUUUGAAAUAUUUAUUCAAUCAAGCACGAUGUUCCUGUUGAAGCUCAGUCAUUCCCAACAAUCAGUGUAAAGAGUUUGUAGAUAUAUUUAAAAUCUGAGCAUUAGUACCUGUAGCCAGGGAAACUUUUGUACUCCAUGAAUGUACGGAAGUGAGUUACUCGUAUGAACUGUUCUUAUUAAAAUAUCGAAAUCUUAAGCCUGACCCUUCCCGUGCCUUGAUGAGCGUAUCGAGCGUUUCUAUCCCCUCAAUGUACUGUGCAGAUCCCCAGCGCUGGGAAUGGACGACUGGGACUGGGCAAGUCCUAACUGAGCUCUACUGCAGGCCUGAAGCUGCUGCGUGCCACUCUUCUUCCUCAGGCCUGUUGCUAGAGUGGCAAUACAGCACUGCGGAAGCCUGGGCUAGGUUUCUUGGAGCUUACCUUUGGCUAGGUGUUAAGAAACAUACCUGAAAAAACAGGAAAUGUGAUGCUUUGGGACAUUCCACUUUCCUACAGAUGACAUAUUGUACCACAGGCAAUUAAGUGGUGUGACAGUCACUGUAAAAUGAGCAGCCAGUGCUUUCCUAUACAAGUAUUCACCCUUAGCAUGUACCUUAACUGGUCACCUUGACAUAGGAAGCACUGUGAUGGUGAAAGCCAGUACGCAUACCCUACAGCUUUUCGUCAGGCUCUAGCUUUAGCCUGCCUUUUGCAUUUUCCGGGAAAGAACAUUUAUCACUACAUACAUUCAUGGUUUUCACUUUAUUAAUGUACAGAUUCACACAAAACAUUAUAUUCUUGCUAAGGCCAUUUCAUUAAUAAGUUUUCAUAGUACAGAAUUGUGUACUGGAGGGAAAAUACAGCAGAGUGGCAGAUCAUCAUUUUAAAACUGUCACAAUUUACCACUGAUACACCGGAGGACAUGCUGUGUAGCCUACUUAUACAGAACUAACAUUUGUAUUUUAAUGAGAUUACUCCAGAGCACAGUAACAGACCACACAACCCCACAGGUACGGUCUUCUGGUCCACCAGCUCCAUACACAUCUUAUCACAACUGUGCCUAAUACUGACAACUGGAAAAGUGAACAAAAAAAGGCAUAAAACACUCGCCUCGGUUCUGUGUGACACUAGGAAACGUAAACUGCCCAGCCUGCACUUCCCCUCACCAAGGCUCCAAAGGUGUUGGAUACAAGUCAAGACAAACCCAUCAAUACGAUGGGUCUUUGCUCACUAAGAAAACAGGUAAAUUAAACAAAAAGGGUUCCAACCCCAUCCUUUUACCACAGGUGAGUUCAGCAGCAGUUACAUCUUUAGGCCGUCUUGUCCAAGACGAGAUCAAAUCUGCAGCUAAUCCAUCUUUUUGCAGUAAGAUUACCUAUGUACCACGCCAGCUGCAUCCUAAGCCCAGUAUUUUCUCUGCCCUGUGGAGGUGGCACAAGCGCGCAAAGGACUCCGCUACAGGAACGGGACACCCUUAGAAAACGUCAGUCAUUCCUCCUUUCUGAUGAGCUGAGGUGUGCGCCUGUCUCUGAGCAUCUUGGGAGGACCCAGACCCCAACCCCAGGCUAAAUGGAACUGAAAGUAUUUCUUUGCCAAGUUUGUGGGAAGGACAGACACGACACAUGGUGGUCUAAGUUAAAGUGAUGGUUUUGUUGCGGACAGAGGUCGAUCACGAGCAGUAGCCUUAAAAACACAUCUGAGAAGUGAAGAAAGUGAAGUUGCUUAGAAGAAGGAGCAUCAUCCAGGCUUUUUCAAUGCACUCACCUUGCCAGUUUUGCACAGCUCAUGGUUCUUUCCUGUCAAGUUAGGAUGCACAGAAUAGUCUAUGGAAAAUAAGUGACCAGUGAGAUCAGUCAGGAACACAAAAAAAUAAUUUGGCAUGUACCAGGAGCGUUUUCUUUUCCAUAAGCCAGUGGUAAAGUACCACUUCAAUAGAACUAAACCCUUUAGACCAAUAAGCCA